GAAUUAAAAGCUUUUAUUAAGAAUUGGUAAAUAUUCAAUAAAAAAAAAGGGGCUUAUAAAGUCCCUUGCUAUCUCCUUACUAUGAGGAUCAUGACGAAGGAGCAUAAUGAUAAAACAAAGUCACCACAGCUUGAAGAAGAACUCAUAAUAACUGGCCACAGAGAAUCUUUGGUUGUGCAUCAAAGUCUUCAUGCUACCAUACUCAAGGAUAAAGAUUGGCUUCGACAUAACACUUUCCACACCAAAUGUACUUCUCGAGGGAAAGUUUGCAAUGUCAUCAUUGACAGUGGAAGUUGUGAGAAUGUCGUGUCCAAUUAUAUAGUUGGGAAGUUACGAUUGCUAGUCAAAGAUCAUCCCCAUCCGUACGAGCUACAAUGGCUACAAAAAGGAAAUGAGGUAAAAGUAACUAAAUGUUGCCUUGUGUCUUUUUCUAUUGGUAUUAGAUACCAAGACGAAGUAUGGUGUGAUGUUAUUCUCAUGGACGCUUAAAGAUGGUACCUAACACCAAUGAAAAAAGACACAAAGCAACAUUUGGUUACUUUUACCUCAUUUCCUUCAUUUCCUUUCCGUAGCCAUUGUAGCUUGUACGGAUGGGGAUGAUCUUUGAUUGGCAAUCGUAACUUCCCAGCUAUAUAAUUGGACAUGACAUUCUCACAACUUCCACUGUCGAUGAUGACUUUGCAAACUUUCCCUCAAGAAGUACAUUUAGUGUGGAAAGUGUUAUGUCGAAGCCAAUUUUUAUCCUUGGUUAUGGUAGUAUGAAGACUUUGACACACAACCAAAGAUUCUCCGUGGUGAACUGUGAUGAGUUCUUCCUCAAGUUAUGGUGACUCAGUUUCAUUAUUAUGCUCCUUUUCUGCUUCAUCGUCAACAAUGAGCUUUCAUUAUCCCUUAAGUGAUGGACAGGAUUCUCAUCGUCAUUAUUUUCCUCUGACUCAUGUAGUUCAUCUUGAAGGUGUUAAGCCUAUUGACCCUCAAGCUUCAAGUCUUUCUUGAAGCCUCUGAUGUUCUUCCAUCUUUACAUCUCGAACAGUUCGUUGACGAGGAGGAUUUUGUCUUUUAAGAGGCAUGCUAACAAGGAGAGGUGGAUAGAGUGAAAAUUUGACAAUUUGGACCUCAAAAUGGAUUCGGGACGUUGAAUUUAGGUGGGUAUGGGGCUUUUUGGAAAGCUAGUUUUUGAAGUGAGUGAUUUAAAAUUUACAAAAAUGAGGGCCAAUUUGUAAAGUCAAAAGAAGUUGAGGGACUUGAUGAGGUGGCAACAUGGUGCAGAUGUGGUGAUGACGUGUUAAUGACUCGUCUGGUGACGUGGCUCAUGCGACAUGGCAAAUAGAUGAUGUGGCAAAGACUGGAUAUUACGUGGCAAUGAUGUGGGAUAAUGAGGUGGCAAAGGUUGGGGUUAAGAUGACUGGCGCGUGAAUUACACGCCAUUUCCAAUGGUGCUAUUUCGCCGGCGCGUGAUAGAGCGUGGAACACUU